AUGUCAGCCAACGGCCAGUCCUUUCUCCUCGACCCUGAGAAGCCCGCGGGGCUUACCCGCUAUUCGCACGCCCGUGUAGUCGCACCGUCUACCCAUCACACAAUUUAUAUCUCGGGCAUUGCUGCCGUGACCCCCGAGGGCACAUAUGAAGGCGUCAAGGAAAAUGCAGAUGGAUCUUUCACGAUAGACGUACGAGAACAAACGGCGGCCGUCUUGCGCAGGAUUGACAGCAUCAUCAAAGGGGCUUCCAAUGGAAAGGCAGAUCUCCACAAUAUCGUGGAUUCGACCGUCUACAUCCUGGAUAUGAAGACACAAUAUGCCGACAUGAAUGAGGAGUGGAACAAGAUUUGGUCCGAUCGUGUGAGCGCUCCAAGUCGAGCGACAAUUGGGGUGAAAGAAUUGCCCGAUCCUCGUUUUGCGGUGGAAAUCAAGGCAACGGCAAUUUACAAGGUUGAGAGGUGA